AUGAUGAAUUACUUAGAAGGUUUGCAGCCUGGCUACUUUGAAGUCGAAUGGGAUACGGCUUACACUGCUGUCGCCAAGUCCGAGAGGCUGAGAAUGAAGGACUCGUUCACACAGCAUAGUGUUGUCAAAGCGCUAGAGGAGUUUGUCGCCAGUCGAAUAGGAGAAGAUCGAGGCCCAGCUACCCAUGAGAGCACAUCCGAAGGCCGCAGCCACUUCAUCUUUGAAUUUGCCUUCUCUAACGGAUCUCUCGUUUUGCUCCGUGUUCCCUACCCGGGCGGUAGUGGUACUUCCCUAAAAGCUGAAAAGAUGACCAACGAGGGCGAGUGGAUGGAAUACUUCUCCGCCGAUACAAGCAUACCCGUCCCACAUAUCUAUAGCUUCAGCAAGGAUGCUUCGGACCUGGUCCCUAUUCUCAACCUUCCCUUUAUCUUAAUGGACGUAAUAAGAGAAGGUCAAAUCCUCAGUGAAUAUCUGGCCACUCUGCCGGACUCAGGAUCCGAAUCUGACACAAUACGAUCCAAGAUCUACGAAGAGUUUGCUUUGUUCUACCUUCAGCUCCGACAUCAGGAUGCCUACGAUAUCGGCUCUAUCGGCAGAAACAGCUCGGGGAGAUGGGAGGGUACCAAGCGCCUUUUUACGCGUGAUAUGUACCUGCAGAGUGAGGGAAUACCAGAUUGGCCCUCGUCACCUUUCCUUGACGCGCCCUACCAAUUCCGUCUGGAUUACAUUCAGCGCAUGGCCAGUGAGCAGAGGAUGUUUCUCUGGGAUCUACGUACUUUGAAUUCGCCAAGGCGAUUAGAUAAACCCGGGACAUUGGGAAGAUCUUGUCGAGAUAAGGAUCCCAACAUCGACCCUGAGGAGGUUGCAAAGUGCGCCCGCCUCCGCUAUAGAGCCCGUCACUCAUUUACGGAGCUCAUCGACGAGCUCUAUACAGACAUGGAAGAGUAUCACUAUACUCCUGUUGUCCCGUUCGUUCCACACUUGAAUCCAGAUAAGAUGUUCUACGACCCGAGAACUGGCAGGAUCACAGGUGUCUUCAACGUUGAGUUUUCAAACUUCACGAUGCGUGCAUUCUUGUCAGAUCCACCUCCAUGGCUUAUCGGUCUGCCCCCAAGCCAUUAUAUCCGUAGACAUGAUCUAAACACCUACAUCACAAAGUACGAGGCGGCUCUACCGAAGUUCAUAGAAGCCAUGAAGAAGGUUGAAGCACGGGCGGAAGAGCGGAUGGGAUGGGAAGGGGUAGCCCCCCAUCCUGAGGACCCCAAGGCGUUGUCGACGCUCAUGCUCGAGUCCUGGAACAGCCGGCGGUUCUGGUUCCAUUACGCCCUCCAGCACAUUUGCCACGUGGACUAUCUUUACUACGAAGUGCUCUAUAAGCUGCAUCGCGAUGGCCAGCUGUGGGAGCUGGAACCGGAACUUGAAGCCGAGAUGGAGGAGUAUGUCGAGUAUUGCAAGGACAUGGUCCAGAGUUUGGAACAGGACUGCGAGAAGUUGUUCGAGGGCCCCGAUCCGCAAUUGAAAACACUGGUAGCGGCCAUGAAGGCUGGACGGCUGGAUUGA